UGCGGGAAACACAGGAAGUGGCCGGGGACCGGCUUAUUAAGAAGAAGGGAAAGGUCCUGUCGGUACGGGGUGACAGCGAAGUGAACAAUAGCAUAGGGAUGGCCGGGGAAAUGACAAUUCUGGGUUCUGCUAUUUUGGCUCUUCUACUAGCGGGUUAUUUGGCACAGCAGUAUUUGCCUAUGCCCACUCCAAGAGUGAUUGGCAUAGACCUCGGGACAACCUAUUGUUCUGUCGGAGUGUUUCAUCCUGGAACGGGCGAAGUUAGAGUCAUCACAGAUGAGAAUGGCCAUCAGAGCAUCCCAAGUAUUGUGUCCUUUACGGAAAAGGAUGUCUUUGUGGGGUAUGAUGGCUUGGAACUAGCUGAUGCCAAUCCUCAGAAUACCAUCUAUGAUGCCAAAAGAUUUAUAGGAAAAAUCUUUACUCAAGAGGAGUUAGAAAAGGAAAGUGUGAGGUAUCAGUUCAAGGUUCUAAAUCGCAACGGGGAUGUGUUCUUUUCUGUAUCAACCAAUGAAACAUUUGCAGUAACACCAGAGUACAUCAGCUCCCAGCUACUGCUCAAACUAAAGAAGAUGGCAGAAGACUACCUGGGACUACCAGUUUCCAAGGCAGUUAUCUCCGUGCCGGCUGAAUUUGAUGAGCGACAGCGUAACUACACCGUGAAGGCUGCUAACCUCGCUGGUCUUGACAUCCUGCGUGUUAUCAAUGAACCCACGGCAGCAGCAAUGGCUUAUGGGCUGCACAAGGUUGACGUCUUUAAUGUCCUUGUUGUGGAUUUAGGAGGAGGCACUUUGGAUGUUUCCUUAUUGAAUAAGCAGGGUGGGAUGUUUCUGACCAGGGCUAUGGCAGGCAACAAUAAACUGGGGGGACAGGACUUCAAUCAACGACUUCUGCAGUAUCUGUAUGACAAAAUAUACACCCGGUAUGGGUCUGUUCCAUCGCAGAAAGAAGAAAUUCACAGACUCAGACAAGCUGUAGAAGCAAUAAAAUUGAACCUUACGCUCCAUAAUUCAUCCUGGGUGCGUAUGCCUUUAACUCUAGCCUCAACACAUCCAGACUCGUCAAAGCCUGAUAAGAUAAUUCCAAACGAGUCAUUGGAAAAUACUGGGGAGAUCCACCCCAAAUCAGCACACUUGGGUGACAGUUACAGCAGUUCUGGACCCCAAAUCCAAAACAAGCACGCUGAAAAGGUUUAUUUUGAGAUGGAGAUUACCCGUCAUAUCUUUGAAACUUUGAAUGAGGAUCUCUUUCAGAAGAUUUUAAUACCUGUUGAGCAAGUGUUAAAAGAAGGUCAUGUCCUUAAAGAAGAAGUUGAUGAAAUUGUAUUGGUUGGUGGCUCUACUCGAAUACCCCGCAUACGCCAAGUAAUCCGGGACUUCUUUGGCAAAGACCCAAACACAUCAGUAGAUCCAGAUCUAGCAGUAGUGACUGGCGUGGCCAUACAAGCCGGCAUCAUGGGAGGCUCUUGGCCUCUUCAAGUCAGUGCAAUUGAAAUUCCUAAUAGACAUCUACGGAAAAGUAACUUCAACUGAUUUAAGUGCACAGUGAUAGCACAUUCUGUGAGUUUAUCCCAUGCAGUUCAAAAUAUGUAUUUAAAAGAUGUUAGUAAUAUAUACAGUCUUUGUAUUUUCUGUCCACCUCUACAAAUGCAGAAGAAUUUUUAAAGGACUAAGGGAAGAAAAAUAUUUAUAUAUUUUUCCUGUACUGGAGUUAAAAAA